UGUCUGGCCGCCGCCGCGCGUCUCCGGUCUCCCGGCCGCCGCCGCCGCCGCCGCCUCGGGUCGUGGAGCCAGGAGCGACGUCACAGCCAUGGCCGGCAUCAAAGCUUUGAUCAGUUUGUCCUUUGGAGGAGCCAUCGGGCUGAUGUUUUUGAUGCUUGGAUGUGCCCUUCCAAUAUACAACCAAUACUGGCCCCUCUUUGUUCUGUUUUUCUACGUCCUUUCACCUAUUCCAUACUGCAUAGCAAGACGACUAGUGGAUGAUACAGAUGCUAUGAGCAACGCUUGCAAGGAACUUGCCAUAUUUCUUACAACAGGCAUCGUUGUCUCAGCUUUUGGACUUCCCAUUGUAUUUGCCAGAGCACAUCUGAUUGAGUGGGGAGCCUGUGCACUUGUUCUCACAGGAAACACAGUCAUCUUUGCCACGAUACUAGGCUUCUUCUUGGUCUUUGGAAGCAAUGACGACUUUAGCUGGCAGCAGUGGUGAAAAGAAACUACUGAACUACUGUCAAUGGACUUCUCGUCAUUUGUUGGCCAUCCAUGCUCACAGGAGACGGCACAGUAAUGCUGAAUGGUAGAGCAAGCCUCGGGGGGUAUUCUAGGUGCUCCCUUCUCACUGUUCUUGUAAGCAUACUAUUUUCACAGAGACUUGCUGAAGGAUUAAAAGGAUUUUCUCUUUUGGAAAAGCUUGACUGAUUUCACAUCUAUCUAUAGUAUGCUUUUUGUGGUGUCCUGCUGAAUUUAAAUAUUUAUGUGUUUUUCCUGUUCAUUUUUUAAAAAUCAAUAUGCAAUGUUAAACAUUUUUUAAAUGUAAUAACCAUUUGCAUUGGUUAGGAAUUCAGAAUUCUGCUAUUUUACUGGGCUCAAAUAUGUCUUUUUCUCUUAAAAUUAGUUAAAUUCCAUUACAGACAGUUAGAAAGUAAGUUUUUAAUCAGGAUGACAUCACUCCCAAUUUUAUGCAGACUGUUGGCAUACCUUAUAGAUUAUAUACUCAGAGCAAAUAUAGCAGCAUUUAUACCUCAGAGGGGCCAAGUGGUAAUGCCCAAGCCCUCCAUAAGGGUUGCUGGUUUUACUAGUAAACAGGUGUUUUGUGAAUUGAAAAUUAUUUUAUGGAAUUGCUACAAAGGAGUGCUUUUCUUCUCAGUUGUUAGAAGAAUUUAUGUUAAACUUUAAGGUAAGGGUGUAAAACACAGACUUUUUGAGCUAGGAUUUCUAUUUAUGGUAGUUAAAGUAGAGUGAGUUGCAGUGUGGGAAGAAAUGACGUUGGAAUUCCCGUUUUUGAAUGCUGUUUCUAUUUAUAAGUGAAAUUUCUGAUCUUCUAUCAGCCUUUUGCGUUUUGCCACGGACAAAAUGGACAUACAUGGAAGUACUGCUGAUAAGGACAAGUUGUAUGUUUGCAUCGCGGACACCAGAAAACCUUCCUCUGCUUCUUCCUUUUAACUUAUUUUGUACAUUGUAUAUAUUAAGUAAAAUAACUUGAAGUAUAGUUUAAUGACACUUAGAAAUGUGUAACUCACCAGGAAAAUAAUUGCUAUGCCAUACAUUCUGAGUGCUCCUCCCAACAAGGCCUUGAUGUGAUUAACAAGUGACUUGUUAGUCUUGCAGAUAAUCAAUUCAUGCAUUAAUGAUUUAAGGUUUAGACCAUGGUAAGGGUAGUUCUUAUUCUAUAAGGUCAUAUCACAUGUAAUUUUAAAAUAUAUAAGACAUUUCUUGUGUACUUCUCAGUUAUUUUUAUUUUGAUUCAUCAUGAUAGAUCUGCUAUUUCCUUAUAAAAGGCAUUUACUGUAUAAAUGAACGCAGAGUAGCCAAAUCCAGCUGUAUAGCAGCUUCAGAAACAGAUCCGACCAAAAAGUUCCCAGUAACCAGGCAUGAUCCAGUUGUCAUGGUUCUUUGUAUCUCACAAUCAUCAGAACUUUUUUCAGGAGCUGGUUAUAGAAACACUCAAGCUGGUCUUAACAGUAUUUUGUUAGGGAUAUUUGUUUUUGUGUUUAUUCAGUAUAUUUACAUAAAAAUCAUUUUGCCUUCAGCCAAAACCGAGUAAUCAUGACAGCUAUCUUUUGUAGAGUGUAUGGGAACAGAUUUUAGAUUUGUUCCGCUUUUUACUAAAGAUGCCUAAAGCCACAGUUGUUUUUGCCUAACCCAAGUUGUUAGUUUGGGCUAUGACAGGAAGCAGGAUGAAAUAGCUGCAUGUGGAUAUCCUAUUUACAUGUGGGUCUGAAAAUGGCUUCUCAUGUUCCAGUGUUCUGGACUUAAAAGGGGAAGGUACAGGUUCACAUGGAUUAGACAGCUGGGGUACGGUUGGGGGCACUCUUUGUACCUGUGGUCCCCUGAAUGUUCUCUGCAGGAAGGGCACCCUCUGGGACCUGCCCAUUUUCUGUUCUUCUGGAAUGUCAGUGUGGUGCACUGCUCCUGUCUGAGGCCAUUGGCCGUGGACUCCUUUUCUAACAGCUGCGUUUUCUCCCUGUAUACUCUUCGCAUUGGCAGCAUCUGUCUCUGACCUGGCACACUAGCUUCUCAGUGCUCUGUCUCUGAUUUCUAGGCUAGUUACUCGAGGUAUGAAUUUUCCAUAGAAUAUGCACUGACACACCAUUGCCAUUCUUCUAUGGAAAGAAAAUUUUUGAUGAAAUAAUAAAGAUUUUAAAUAUC